CGCCACACACGGAAUGCGUGCGUCAAUGACGGAUCCGCCCAUGGCCCAAACUUUACAUUAUCGGUGUUUUUAAUGGAGCCACAAGGAGCACCUGUACAAGACGAUUGUAAGUUUUGUCACAUAGCAAACAACCUGACCGAUACGGAAAUCUUAAUGAGCGACUGUGAGGUGGUGUGUUUUCGUGACUUGAAGCCAGGGGCCACUCAUCACUACCUCAUCAUUUCAAAUAAACAUAUUGACAAUUGUAUGAAACUACAACCUGACCACAUUAAACUUGUGGAACAAAUGAAAGAUAUGGGGAUGAGGAUUCUACAAAUGAACAAUGUUUCAGAUUUAGAUGAUAUUAGGAUGGGGUUUCAUGUACCUCCAUUCUCAUCAGUGCCACACCUCCACCUUCACGUUUUGGCUCCAGGAAGUCAGAUGAGUCACAAGUCAAUGCUUCGCUAUGGGCCGCAGUCUCACUGGUUUAUCACUGUAGACAACGUGCUUUCUCAGCUGAAGACACAAGGAAAAGUAAAAUGAAGAGUCUAUAUGGAAUAAUAUUUCUUACAGUUAUUUUAUAGAGCUGUCAUUCCAAACAGUGCAUAUAUUAUAGGCCUACAGUAUAAGACCUAUUAUUUAUGUUAAUAAAAUUUGACAUCUACCAUUAA